GUUUGGAGCAGAGGGGCGGACUGAAGAGCAGCUCCGUGUGUGUCCAUUUCUUCUCCUUCUCCCCUCCGCUUGUUGCAGCUGCACUCACUCAUCAUUUCUGGGGGAUUUCUCUCUCUCUCUCUCUCUCUCUUUUUUUACGCGUCUUGCAACAUGGGCUCCGUGCUACCCGCCGACGCUUUGGCUCUAAAAUCUGGAUUUAAGUGUCCCAGCCGCUCGCUGUCGGACGUGAUCACCUCGGACAUCCUGCACAGUUUCCUGUACGGCAGGUGGAGGAACGUGCUGGGCGAACACCUGGCGGAGGAGCGGCAGACCAGCGGCAGCAGUCCCAAGACCGCCUUCACCGCCGAAGUCCUGGCCCAGUCUUUCGCUGGAGAGGUGCAGAAGCUGUCCAGCCUGGUGCUGCCCAGUGAAGUGAUCAUCGCCCAGAGCUCGAUCCCCGGUGAAGGUUUGGGCAUCUUCUCAAAGACCUGGAUUAAAGCCGGCACCGAGAUGGGCCCUUUCACAGGCAGACUCUUGUCCCCUGAACACGUGGACCUGUUCAAGAACAACAAUCUCAUGUGGGAGGUGUUCAACGAAGACGGCACAGUGCGUUAUUUCAUCGAUGCCAGUCAGGAGGAUCAGCGCAGCUGGAUGACAUACAUUAAGUGUGCCCGGAAUGAACAGGAGCAAAACCUGGAGGUAGUGCAGAUCGGCAGCAGCAUCUUCUACAAGGCCGUGGAGACUAUCCCACCGGACCAAGAGCUCCUUGUCUGGUAUGGAAACACUCAUAACACGUUCCUGGGAAUCCCUGGAGUUCCUGGAACAGAAGAAGAACAUCAGAAGAAAGGCAGAAAUGAUGACUGCCACUCCUGUGACGGCCCUUCUUCGUGCUCCCCCCCCUCCUCCUCCUCUUCUUCCUCCUCCUCCUCUUCCUCCUCCUCGGGUCGGAUGCGCUGCGUCAUUUGCCACCGUGGCUUCAACUCCCGUAGCAACCUGCGCUCGCAUAUGCGCAUCCACACUCUGGACAAACCCUUCGUCUGUCGCUUUUGCAAUCGCCGCUUCAGCCAGUCAUCCACUCUGCGCAACCACGUCCGCCUGCACACCGGCGAGCGGCCCUACAAGUGCCACGUCUGUCAGAGCGCAUACUCCCAACUGGCGGGCCUCAGGGCGCACCAGAAGAGCGCACGGCACAAACCUGUGGCGUCUAGCGCCGAUGCGCCCUCUCAAGUGUCUCCUCCUCCUCCACAGAUGACAGCCGUGCCCCACCAGAUGCCUCUGGUGCACCACAUCACCACCAUGGUGCUAUGAUGACAGAAACAUGCAAGGACUGUCACGCAGGACGACGUUGCACUUUAGAUUAGAGCCGUAGUGGAGAAGUAAAGGGUGCUCAAUAAUGAAACAACUCCUCGUUGAGGUGAUAGUGAAGCAUCUCACAAAGACAUCUGCAUUUCUCGCCUGAUUUGUUCCUUUGUCACGCGGUCAGAAAUCAGGCUUUAAUGUUUGUAUUUUGGAAGCUGAAACGUGCUGGAAAAAAAAAGACACCUCGAUCCAGAUUUUGUUUUUUAAAAAUAAUUUGUUAUCAGUGAUUCUACGUGUAAUCCUUAAAUAUCAGUUCAUAUGUGAUUAAAUUAUAUUUUACAUCAAAACCUCACCAGCUCAGAUGUAAAGUACCGUCACAGAUGUGUACAGUCAUAAUAAACUAAGGGGUGUACAUUGUUUCCGCUGCAUUGUUUCACACUGUAAACUAAAAUUGUCACUUUAACAUUGUACAGACUGGGUACUUUGGAGAGUUGGGUAAUUAUAUAUAUAAAGAAGAAUU